AUUUAGAAACUCUCUUAAUCCGAGUCCCCGUUAUUAGCUCCAUCCAGUUAUCACAAACUUAUAUCCUCUGCUAUAAACCAGACAACAACGAGAUGGCAAUCUGGACAAUGGUCAAGUCAGCUUCAGAGGGCUUCAGGAUGUAUUCUGUGGCCGUGGUAUUAGUCGUGAUUCACGGAGUGGCUUUGCAGACAUCAGAGGCCCAUGAGCCGUCAUUGGCACCAUCAGAGCUUACCACAAUGAACACCACCGGAUCUUCGUCGGUAAUUAAGCUAUUCGUUAGAACGUGGCCAGGAUACUGUUCAGUCCACGCAUGCAGAAAGCUACAGGCGAAAGACUCCAUACCAAUGUGGACUAUUGGCUCCCUACGCGCAUCGAUAGUAGAUGAUCAAAAAGCCCCACUAAGCAAGUGCAAGAAGACGGAGUUCAACGUCUCUGAUAUUGAAACAAUCCGCAAUGAAAUUAGCUCUGCGUGGCCAAGCUUCAGCACACUAUCUGAUAAAGCAUUUUGGGAAAAACAUUUUAAUCGCUAUGCAUCGUGUUCCCUCAAUCCAACAAAACAGAACUAUACGCCCCUUGAGUAUUUUACGACUGCUAUAAAACUGUACCAACGAAGCAAUCCAAUGAAGCUGUUUGAAGCUGUGGGCAUUAAAGAAAAUGACAAUGAAACGGUUUCGCUGGGGCGACUCCGAACUGCCAUUGAUGUAGAUCCGUCGACGGUCGAAUACAUCUGUGAAGGUAAGCACGAUGACACUGAUAUUCUCGGAGGAAUAACGCUGUGCUUCAGUCAACAGCUAGACAAGCGCGUCGCCUGCCCGAGCGAACCUAAUAAAACCCUUACUUGUCAAACCGAACGAGUAUGGUAUCUAAAAACGCCGCUUCGGAGCUUGGCGAGUACGGGAGUAACGGACACGCAGAAUCGGCAAAUCAGUACUAGGCCGCAAGUAAAUAAACUGCGGGCUAGGCAGGCUGACGACGACGUAAAUACCGAGGGAGUUACUGAAACAACCGAGAAGCAACAAACAAAGCAAUCUGGCCCGAAUUCGAGUGCCAUUAAUCGGAUGAAUAUGCUGUGGGUGCUUAUCGCUACGUCUUGGAUUUUGUUCGCCCAUAAUAACGUAUACGUCUUGGAUUUUGUUCGCCCAUAAUAACGUAGUGUAGGCGUUUUGUCUACAGUUUCUUGCAACCGGUUUGGAAAGUAUCAGCGACGCUUCAGAGCACCUCAUAUACAUGUUUUGAGUCUAAAAGCUGUUUAUUAUACAUCAAUAAACGGUUUAUUUUCACGGCGACAUCUUACUUAAUAUGGUGGAGAUGUGGGUAAAUCUCAUUGAUAGAAAUAAAAGAUUAAUAUGGUGGAGA